CCGUCGCAAAUUCUGUUUUCAAGCCAGGAAGAAGGCAAAUUUUGUGCCAGUUCAGUGGCUUAGAAAGGAUCUAAUUUCAAAAUGCAGAGCUCCAGAUCAUUCCUGUUCCAGGUUUGUUUGUGUCUGGUGGUUUCUAUUGGUUCCUGCACCUGUAAACCUCUCAAUAAUGACAUCCAGAGUGAGGACCCUGAGGAACUCUACUCCCAGCUGUCAGAGGAGGACCUUCUGGAGGAGGAAGACGCCGACUCCAGGAUGGAGAACCUCCUGGGUACAAUGAAGGAGGGCUUUCUGAGGAAACUCAACCUGUCGGAUGUUCCUCAGGAAAACAGCAAGAUCUGCCCUCCUCAAUUCAUGAUGGAGCUCUACAACAAGUACGCCUCGGACAACUCAGCAAACCCUCAGUUUGAUGUAAUUCGAAGCUUUACCGUCCAAGAUUUCCCUCUCUUUGUGACAAAUGGCACAAAGUCAAAGCACAGGCUGCAAUUCAACGUCAGUAUCCCCGACCAUGAAAAGAUCACUACUGCUGAGCUGCAGCUCUUCUUCUUCCCAGAAGCCAGAUCAGGAGUCACCUCCCACAAUUUCAAGGCCACCAUCAAAGUCUAUGAAGUAGAUUACAACGAUUUCACAUCUACCACCCAACUGCUUGUUGGCAAAGAGGUGACAGGCUUGGAGAGCACGUGGGAGACGUUUGAUGUGACCACAGCUAUUCAGAGCUGGAUCAAGUCGGGCCAUGGAGCAACUGUUUUUGAUGUGGUUGUGGAUAGGAAGGAUUGUGGGGUAUCUAAAGGUGGAAACGAAGGGGAAGUCUGUUUGAAUAUGAGCGUGUCUGUUGGAGAUAAUACUUCAGCAGCUUUGAUAGUCUUCUCAGAUGAUCUGGGUAGCAGGAGGAGGGAAACAAAGAAGGAAUUAAGAGAAAUGAUCCUCCACGAAGAAGAAACCAUCUUACAAUCGGGCGCCGACUGGAACAGAGGAGAUCACCUUCCAAACGAGAUCCCGGAGGUUCAGCAUCCACGGAGACAGAAAAGAAAGGCAGAGAGGGAAUACUGCCAGCGGUCCUCUCUCAAGGUCAACUUUAGGGACAUCGGCUGGGACAGCUGGAUCGUGGCGCCUCCAGAAUAUGACGCCUUUGAAUGUCGAGGCCUGUGUUACCAUCCGCUGACGGACGAAUUGACCCCUUCAAAGCACGCCCUCAUCCAGACGCUGAUCAACAUCAGGAACCCCAAGAAGGCCAACAUGGCGUGUUGCGUACCCAUCAAACUAGACCCUAUCACAGUCAUGUAUCAGGAGAACGGACGCCUCACCAUAAGAUACCUUUAUGAGGAGAUGAAGGUGGCAGAGUGUGGUUGUAGGUAGUCAGAGUGAAUUGCUCUGCUCUGGUUGUAGCGCAUGUUAAUCGUUUGAAUGAUGCAUUUCAUUCAAGUCAGUCAAAUGUUCAUGCCCUCCAUAGGCCCAGUAGAAGAAAUGUACCCCAGUCUGUCUAAGUAUAAGAUAAGCUAGAACUGUAUUUAUCCCCAAAGUGUGCAUGAAACAUAGAUGCCUCCUACCUAUGUCUUUUACUUGAUAUAGAUUGUAGGUUAUAGGUUUUAGAUUAAAAAGUAUAUUCCUCCCCAUGCAACAGCAUAUGUUACAAGUAUAAUGUUUACCAUGUCAACAUGGUGUUAGCAUGCUAACAUUUGCUAAUCAGCACUAAAGUGCAGCUGAGGUCGAUUGGAAUGGAUUUCUUUUUGCAGGUUAUUUCCCAUUAAUCAAAUUAUUGGACAAAAUUACUUUUGACCUGUUGAUGGCGCUAGAUGCAAAGUCAUGCAAUACAAAUUAUUGAAAUUCAUCCUGCAGGUAUCAAUGUGUGUACCAAAUUUCCAAUUUUUGUUGAGAUCUUAAAAACGAAAAAAAGUCAACCCUGGUGGCACAAAAGGAAAAGUCAGGAGAUCACCAAAGUAAUAAGAGCCCAUCCCCUGGGUACCAUGAAUGUCUGAACCAGAUAUUAUGGUAAUCCUAUCAAUAGUUGUUGACCGACAUUGCCAUCCUUAGAGCCAAGCAUUACUAACAAUUUAAUAAAGUCAUGCAAUGCUUACAUUAAACAUACUGUAUGUAUCUUUUUACAGUGUAGUCAUGAAACAAUGCUAUGUAGCAUUUACUGUUUAUGCUUUUCCUUCAAAUUAGUUGCUAAUUAAAAGUCUUAAAAUAGUGAUAUUUCUUGAAUGAUGGAACUAUCAACAAGUCAGUUACACCUUGUUGCAUGCGCUGCUAUGAAUUCUAAUGGAACCAGUGGCCUUUGCUAAAAAUGUGUUGUUGUUGUUGUUAAUUUUAUUUUACAUGUUAACACCACUAAGCAGAAAACCAAAAGGAGACAGUUAUCUUUACACUGUGUAUUUAAUACUGGAUAUAUGUACAUAAAAAAGCUUGCCUGUACACUGUCCUGGUCUAAUAUGUUUCAACAACAAUACAAUUGUAAUUGUAUGCAGUAAAUCAUUUUUAAAAGAGCAAAAAGUAUAUUAAAAUGAAACAAAAAAGAAUUAGUAAAACACAAUCUAAAAAUCAAAGUCCUUGAAUUUUGUUUGUUAUUAGACCUCUUUGGUUACUAUCACAACAACUAUAUAAUUAUGUGUUUUUUUGUAGAUUAAGAAAAUAAUGCUACAGUACAUCCAUCAGUAAUGUGAUGUUUGUAGAAGAAAUCAAUUGACCUGUUGGCAUUAAUAGCGGGACAUUUAAUCACAGCUGUCCAUCUAUUAAUCGUGUACUAGUUUAAGUUUAAAUCUGUACAUUACCAUUGAAAGUGUAAUUUGUUUAUAUUGAUAUAUAUAUUUAGAGGUAUUCUGCAAAUCACUGCCAUACAGACUUGUACAGUGUUCAGCUUGUACAUGCAUGCUACAUUGCUGAUUGAAGAGUUUUUAUUUUACUGUAUGUCUCAUGAUGUCUACAUUUUGUUUUUGAGGUUUUCCUACCCUGAAAUGAAUAAAAGUCUUGCCACAAAACGAAAUUGUAUUUUAGUUACUCAAGUCAUCCUGCAU